AUGACACUCGAAUCGGGAAUGGAAAAACAGGAGGGCGACCGCGGCGGAGACGGAGCAAACGGAGGAGAGGGAGGUUCGGUCGCUGGAUGCUCCGGGUUUUGUGGCCAGGGGGAGGAAGCCUCAAAGCCCGAGAAAUGGGCCCUUCCAGAGGAUUGGAUGUCUACUCAUCCUACGUUCACAAAAAUGAUGUCAUUGAAAGUGGCUGACAGCAGAGGGGUAUAUGCCACUUUCUUAGUUUACUUGGACCUUCUAGAAGUCAGGAACUGGCACGAGGUAUCCUUCACUGGACUAGCAGAGUUCCAGCUGGUGUGUCUCCAUGGACGUGAGAAAGAAGACGAGCCUUUGCAGGUAGUGGUGCCAACUCCUGCCCAGGUAUCAUUCAGCCACGAGAGGUUAAGGCAGAUCAUGAAGAGCUCAGGCGCAGUGCAGGCGAAACCGGAUUCCCCCCUUUCUAUCACCCUGGCCAUAGUUGAAACAGACUCUACAAUUGUCUAUUAUAAAUUGACGGACGGUUUAGUAAUGCCAGAUCCUCCGGACAGUCCUUCAGAUGCAGACAGCAAACAAGGGAGGAAGAAGAAAAAGAGGCUGUCGAAAUGAAGGGGAAGCCGAUAAGGAUUUUCUGGAUUCUUCUAAUGUGAAUGUGUCCAGUAUUAAAAGGGGCAGCUUGGAAUUGGAACAUUUGUUUGAAAAAUCCCCACUAAAGCUUGAAGAUUGGCAAGAUAUUCAUGUCUGCCUCUUGUAACGAAGUCAGACAUCAAAGAUGUCACAGACCGAAACAAAUGGAAUUCGUAUAAAGUAUACCUUUAAAAGAAAAUGUUUGUUAAGAUGUAAUGGUAUACUUUGGAUUAUAUUAUAUGUAUAAACUUUUGGCAAAAAAGAAAGAUGUCACCGACCAGGUCUAAAUUCUGUCUUCUAUUCACAUGUAGUGUACUUGUGUACAUAAUUCAACAUAAUUCAAUGUACUGUAAUUAGCAGUUAGCAGUUAGACUUAUAUACUGCUUCAUAGGGCUUUCAGCCCUCUCUAAGCAGUUU